UACAAUUAAAUGCUAAUGCUGUGGUGGUUUUCACAUGGUUUUGUUUCUUUUAAAGAGAUCAAUGAAUGUACUGUGAACCCAGACAUCUGUGGGGCGGGACACUGCAUCAACCUGCCAGUGAGAUAUACCUGCAUAUGCUACGAUGGCUACAGGUUCAGUGAGCAGCAGAGGAAAUGUGUUGACAUCGAUGAAUGUGCCCAGGUCCAACACCUCUGCUCCCAGGGUCGCUGUGAGAACACGGAGGGAAGUUUCCUGUGUAUUUGCCCAGCAGGGUUUAUGGCCAGUGAGGAUGGUACCAACUGCAUAGAUGUAGAUGAAUGCCUGAGGCCUGAUGUGUGUAGGGAGGGUCGCUGCAUCAACACUGCUGGGGCCUUCCGUUGUGAAUAUUGUGACAGUGGGUUCCGGAUGGCGAGGCGGGGACACUGCGAGGGUGAGUGUGCUCAGAAGACUGGGUGAGCUGUGUGUCACGGG